CGAAGGAAACGUUUGUCCCGAAGACGAAGCCGAUUCCCGAAGGAGGAGAUGGACCCUCGAGGGACCAGACUGGACUGAGACCAGGUCAGGACUCCAGGUCGGGACUCCAGGUCGGGACUCCAGGUCAGGACUCCAGGUCGGGACUCCAGCGCCACGAAACAACUUCACACCGCCGUGAAGCCCAUCGUCCGGGAAAAUGGACAAAGAGGACGGAGACAACUCGAGUGAAGAGAAACUCAAACUGGACGAAUGCAAAGAAACCAAAGACAAGAACAACCGCCUGGAGAAGGACAUCAGCGAGAAGACCCCUCGCAGGCGCCGGUGUGCGUGGCGAGGAGGAUGGGCGCUCACCGAUCGCCUCGCCAUAAACGUGUCGGGGAUGAGGUACGAGACGCAGCUCCGGACGCUGGCGCAGUUCCCCAACUCGCUGCUGGGAGACCCCAAACGCCGAAUACGAUACUUCGACCCGUUGAGGAACGAGCUGUUCUUGGACCGGAGCCGCGCCUGCUUCGACGCCAUCCUGUACUUCUACCAGUCGGGCGGGAGGCUCCGGAGACCCACCAACGUCCCUCUGGACAUGUUCAUGGAGGAGCUGAGGUUCUACGAGCUCGGCGAGGACGUGGUGGACCGCUUUAAGGAGGACGAGGGCUUUGUGAAGGAGGAGGAGAGGACCUUGCCCGAGGGGGCGCUGCAGAGGAAGCUGUGGAUGCUCUUUGAGUAUCCGGAGUCUUCGGGCGCCGCCAGGAUCAUCGCCAUCAUCAGCGUCAUGGUGAUCGUGGUGUCCAUCCUCAUCUUCUGCUUGGAGACGCUGCCCGAGUUCAGACACGAGAAGGAGCUCCGAGAGCAACACACGGUGGUUCCUCACCCGGACAUCGCCAACGAGACGGUGACCAUCCCUCCGCGCUUCACGCCGUUCCAGGACCCCUUCUUCAUCGUGGAGACCAUCUGCAUCUGCUGGUUCUCCUGCGAGCUCCUGGUGCGGUUCUUCUGCGCCCCCAGCAAAGUCCGCUUCUGCAAGGACGUCAUGAACGUCAUCGACCUGUUCGCCAUCAUCCCGUACUUCGUCACCAUCGGCACCGAGCUCGCCAAGGACAAGGGGACGCAGCCCUCCGUGUCGCUCGCCCUCAUCCGCGUCAUCAGGCUCGUCAGGGUUUUCCGAAUCUUCAAACUCUCGCGUCACUCCAAGGGGCUGCAGAUCCUGGGCCAGACCCUCAAGGCGAGUCUGCGGGAGCUCGCCCUGCUCAUCUUCUUCCUCUUCAUCGGCGUCAUCCUCUUCUCCAGCGCCGUGUACUUCGCCGAGGUGGACCGGCCCAACACGCUGUUCACCAGCAUCCCCGAGGCCUUCUGGUGGGCGGUGGUUUCCAUGACGACGGUGGGCUACGGCGACAUGUACCCGGAGACGGUGGGCGGGAAGCUGGUGGGCUCCAUGUGCGCCAUCGCGGGCGUGCUCACCAUCUCGCUCCCCGUGCCCGUCAUCGUCUCCAACUUCAGCUACUUCUACCACCGCGGCAUGGAGUGCGAGGACACGACGCAGUACCACCACGUGGAGACGUCGCUGUGGGAGAAAGACGGCGAGGAGGACGACGGCGAGGCGGACGACAGGGGAGGAGGAGGAGGAGGAGGGGAGGACUGGCCCGGGGAGUUCAUGGAAGACGUGGCGCCGCUGUACGAGCCGAACAACAGCGAAGUGUGUCACCCGCUCAACGGGACGAUCGUGUCGGGGCAGAAAACGCUGAGCUUCUACCAGCACGAGCCCAUGGUGACGCAAGUGUGACGAAGAAGAGAAAAGAGGACGAAAAGAAAGAGAGGAACGAAAGAAAAGAGGAGGAAAGAAAGGAAAGAGUCGUUCAUUCGCUUUUCAAAAUAAAACCAAAAAUAAGAAAACAAAACUAAACCGAAACAAUUUUCUUCAUUAUUUGUCUCCAAAACCAAAAUGAAAAAACAGAUAAUGAUUUGUUUUUUUUUUGUUUAACUAAAAAAAUAAAAAAAAAAACUAUAAAGGACUAAACCAAGUGUAAACCAGGACUAAACCGUUUUCAGUCCUCGUUUGGUCCCAGUCUCAGUCCUCGCCUCAGUCCCGGUCUCAGUCCCAGUCUAAGUUCUGGCCUCAGUCCCAGUCUCGUCCCGGUUUCAGUCCUGGUCUCAGUCCUGGUCUCAGACCCGGUCUAAGUCUUGGUCUCAGUCCCGGUCUGGUUCCUGUCUGGCCCUGGACCUGGUUUAGUCCUGGUUCAGUCCUGGUUUCAGUCCUGGUUCAGUCCUGGUUCAGUCCUGGUUUAGUCCUGGUUCAGUCCUGGUUUAGUCCUGGUUCAGUCCUGGUUCAGUCCUGGUUUAGUCCUGGUUUAGUCCUGGUUCAGUCCAUUAUCCAUUUUUUCCAUUUUUCAUUUAAACAUAAAAUCGAAAACUGAAAAAUUUACUUAUUAUCUGUUUUUUUCAUUUUGGUUCUGGAGACAAAUAAUGAAGCAAAUUGUUGUUUUUUUCUUUUUCUUUUUUUUGGUUUUAUUUUGAAAGAAUGAAUGAAUGAACGACACACUGAUUAAGGACAGAGAGGAAAGACGCGGGGAGGAUCAUGUUGUCACGACACUCAAAUCUCAAACUCAAUUUCGAUACUAAGAAAUAGACUCGAUACUCGAUACUGAUCCCACGAUGAAAAUAAAAAUCUUUUCUUUAGACGAU